GAUGCUGGAGCAGGGCCGUGCCCGCUCUCCUGGCAGAGCAGAGCCCCGCCACUCCCCGGCUGGGCUGGGUAACUCGGAGCCACCUUGCCCUGCCCCUAUUGCAGGAGGAUCUGCAGAGCUGGACGGGUUCUGUGGAAUGGUUAACCCGAGGCAAUCUCACCCUGAGCCAAUCACAGGCGGCAGUAGCAAAUACUUGCCGGAUUAGAGCCACUGCUCCCCACAGCUCUGGCUCUCUGGCCCCGGGGAGCCUGGCCGGAGCCGCUGCAUCUCCCUGAGCCCGCGCAGCCUUCGAGGACGCUGCCAUGGCUCUCCUGGUGCCCCUGGUUCUGCUCUGCCUGGGGGGGGCCGUGUGCCCGGGGCGAGGGGCGCCGGUGCCCAGCCAGGAGGAGAUGCUGCAGAGCGUGUGGGCCCUGCUGGCGUCGGGAGAAGGCUCUCUGCCCCACGAUGCCCUGGACUCCCUCUUAAGUAUCGUGGCGGCCCGUGUGCAGUGCCCAGCAGUGCCGUGUGAAAAGUGCAUCUCCGUGCCGGACGUCUUCACGCUUGUGGGCAAGGCAGGGACAGGCGACGCCAACCUCACGGCUGCGGAGCUCCCGCAGCUGGGCGCCGGCGUGCUGCUCUACCUGACAGACCCUGCAGCCACCUGCGCUGCAGUGAGGGGCGGCCGAUGGGUGGCCGAGGCCGGGGCCUUCCUCACCAGCUUCUCCAGCGGGAAUCCCGUUGCCGGGCCCACGGCGGAGAAAGUGGCGGAGCUGCUGGGAGGCAUGCGGGAGAAUUACAGAGACGCAGACAGGCACCAGCCGUGCCUGGACGCGGGCCGUGUCCUGCAGCAGAGCGCCGCGGUCUCUGGCCGGGUGACGGCCGACGUGGCCGGGAAGGUGCUGGUGACGGUCAUGUACCACGCGCUGCUGGGGGACUGCUUCCAUGCCCUGCCGCCCCCCCACUAUUUCCUGGGGUACAUCUUUCGUCACUACGGCAACGAGUCCCAGAACCUGACGCUGGCAGGCCUGACUACACUGAUGGGCCAUCUGGCCUUGGGGCCAAAGGAUGAGCACGCGGACCACCACCAUGACAAUGGAGCGCACGCCAAUCACCACAAGGAGCCCGCAUUAGCUCCCCGUGAUAGCCAGCACCCUGGCAAUCACACAGACCCCGACGAUCACUUGGAUCCGCACCAUGGCAACACGCUCAGGCGGCUGAGGAGCCUCCCCGGAAAGAGGAAGCUGGAUGAUCCCGGUCUUGUCUGGGACACGAUGUGUCUGAGCCCCGGUGACCUCCUGGAGAUCUACAGCCUUGAGCCCGACGCAGGGAUCUCUGGCCCGGACUUCACCAGCCUCAGCCCGGCUCUGAUCCAGCAGCAGCUCAGUGGGGCCUGCUCUGUCCUUCACCUGAGCGUGCCUGGCGGCCACCUGACCGUGGCAGAGAGGUACAUCUAUGGCUCGCUGGCCACGCUGGUGAUCUGCCUGUGUGCGCUGCUUGGCAUUGUCCUGCUUCUGUGCACCGCCUGUGCCAGCGCCUACCCUUACAUCAUCCAGGGCUUCGUCAGCCUGGCCGUGGGCUCGCUCACUGGGGACGCCCUGCUCCACCUCAUCCCCCAGUUCCUGGGCCUGCACUCGCACGCGGACGAGGGGCACGCGCAUGGGGCUGAGGAGGCCGGGCCCAGGGACACCACCUGGAAGCUGCUGGCCGUGCUGGGUGGCAUCUAUGCCUUCUUCCUCCUGGAGAAGUUCUUCAGCGUUCUGGGGGACGACGAGCCCAAGGACGAGGCUGGUGGGGGCCACCCGCACGAUCACGCCAUGUCCUUGCAGCUCUACCAGGCUGAGCAGAAGAGGAAGAAACAGGAGAAAGGCACCUCGCAGGCUGACCUGGUCACCGCGGAGGAAGCCAGUCUCAGCAACACGGGGCCGGUGAGACGCACCCGGGAGCAGCGCAUGAUCCCCUACAUGAUCACCAUCGGAGACGCCAUCCACAACUUCGCCGACGGGCUGGCCGUGGGGGCCGCCUUCUCCACCUCCUGGAAGACGGGGCUGGCCACGUCGCUGGCCGUGCUGUGCCACGAGCUGCCGCACGAGCUAGGGGACUUCGCGGCUCUGCUGCACGUGGGGCUAAGCGUCAAGAAGGCCUUGCUGCUCAACUUCGGCAGCGCCCUGACCGCCUUCCUCGGCCUCUACAUCGCGCUCUCGGUGACGACGGGCGAGGAGUUCCAGGCCUGGAUCUUCACCGUGGCCACGGGCCUCUUCCUCUACGUGGCCCUUUGCGACAUGCUGCCAACCAUGAUGAACGUGAAGGACAAGCGGCCUUGGCUGCUCUUCGCCCUGCACAACCUGGGCCUGUUGGGGGGCUGGGCCAUCCUGCUGCUGCUGUCCCUGUAUGAGGAGAACUUCACCCUGCUGUGACCCCUGCCCGGCCCCCCAUGGAACUGAGCCCACAGGGGGAGGUGGGGCUGCCUCCAGGGGGGAGGGGCACAACCAAGCAAUGGGCAUGACUGAGGGGGGGCUGCUCUUCACUGAUGCCCGUGGACUGUCUGCAGAGCAUCCUGUGCCCCUGUCUGUUUGUGCUAUUUAUUGGGAGAGCAACAACCCCUGGGCCCUGCGCGGGCACUCAGAGGGAUGGCACCCUUCACACCCAGCUUCCCAGGCCCUGCGCGGGCACUCAGAGGAAUGGCACCGUUCACACCCAGCCCCCCAGCCCCUGCAUGGGCACUCAGAGGGAUGGCACCGUUCACACUCAGCCCACCAGGCCCUGUGUGGGCAAUCAGAGGAUGGCACCAUUCACACCCAGUCUACCAGGCCCUGCGCAGGCACUCAGAGGAUGGCACUGUUCACACCCAGCCCACCAGCCCCUGCACGGGCACUCAGGGAUGGCACCAUUCACACCCAGUCCCCCAGCCCCUGCACGGGCACUCAGGGAUGGCACCGUUCACACCCACCCCCCGGGCCCUGUACGGGCACUCAGAGGGAUGGCACCGUUCACACCCAGCCCCCCAGCCCGUGCGUGGGCACUCAGAGGGAUGGCACCGUUCACACCCAGCCCUCCAGGCCCUGUGCGGGAACUCAGAGGGAUGGUACCUUUCACACCCAGCCCCCCCAGCCCCUGUGCGGGCACUCAGAGGGAUGGCACCGUUCACACCCAGCCCCCCCAGCCCCUGUGCGG